GGAAGUAUAACACAAAUCUAAUAGCUGUAUUAUGUCCAUGGGUAGUACGCUCCGUUCUCUGUAGUUGUUCGGUCUCCAUUUCUGCAAAGGUCGCUUUCUGAUUUCAUUCACCACCUGAAGCGUAAACAUGUCUACGGAAAAGGCUUUCGCCAAAGGAAGUGCUGCACCAGGCCCAGUCCCUGAAGGCUGCAUCAGGCUCUACAGCAUGAGAUUCUGCCCUUUCGCCCAAAGAACCAGAUUAGUGCUGAGUGCCAAAGGGAUCAAGCAUGACACCAUCAACAUCAACCUUAAAGACAAACCUGACUGGUUCCUUGAGAAGAAUCCUCUUGGUCUUGUCCCAACACUGGAGACACCUGCUGGUGAGGUCAUAUAUGAGUCUCCCAUCACCUGUGACUACCUGGAUGAAGUUUACCCAGAGAACAAGCUGCUUCCGUCCUCCCCCUAUGCUAAAGCUCAACAGAAGAUGAUGCUGGAACAUUUUUCCAAGGUAACGCCCUACUUCUACAAGAUCCCCAUGGGCAGAAAGAAUGGCGAGGAUGUCUCAGGACUGACAGCUGAACUGAAGGAGAAGUUUGCCAAAUUAAAUAAGGACCUGGUUAAUAAGAAGACCAAGUUCUUCGGUGGUGACUCCAUCACGAUGAUUGACUACAUGAUGUGGCCGUGGUUUGAGAGGCUGGAGAUGUUUGAACUGAAGCACUGCCUUGACGGCACACCUGAGCUGAAGAAGUGGGCAGAGCGCAUGUCGGAGGACCCGGCUGUCAAAGCCACCACGCACAGCGUGGACACCUACAAGGCCUUUUACAAGUCUUACAUCGAUGGGAAACCCGACUACGACUAUGGCCUGUAGAAACCAAGUGAUGAAACCUUCAACCGUCCGUCCAACUGUUGUUUCAGCAUUUGGUCGUACUUAUUAUUCUUAUGUCUGUUUGAUGUAAUAAGAAAAUAUCAUGCUGAUUUAACUGUAAGGGAUAAAGAUGUAAGACUUAUUUUUUUUAUUGAGAGGAAAAUAUGAACUCACAGUAAUAGGUAUGAGGUACAGUGAGCUAAAUAUGAAUCAGGUAAUCAUUCAGAAUUCUAAUAAAAAGAUGUAAUGACUCUGA